AUGGAAGCUGCCCAAUCCACACACUUGUUUCUCUUAUUUCUUCUUACCUGGGGGCUGCUUCCAGAAGUUGCUGCAGAAGUUCAGGAAUCCCCAGAUGGCCCUAGUGCUUCCCAAGAGGCUGUGUGGCUCACAGAUGUCCCAGCUGCUGUGGAAUUCAUUGCUGCUGCUGAGGUGGCUGUCAUAGGCUUCUUCCAGGACUUAGAAAUACCAGCAGUGUCUGUAUUUCACAGCAUGAUACAGAAAUUCCAAGAUGUGUCAUUUGGAAUCACCACCAAUUCUGAGGUUCUGACCCACUACAACAUCACUAGAAAUGCCAUUUCCCUCUUUCGUCUGGUGGAUAAUGAACAACUGGAUUUAGAGGACAAGAACAUUGGAAGCAUUGAUAACACCAAAUUAAGCCGUUUCAUUGAGAUCAACAACCUCCACUUGGUGACAGAGUACAACCCUGCGACUGUGAUUGGCCUAUUCAACAGCUUGAUUCCAACUCAUCUUCUCCUGAUGAUUAACAAGGCCUCUCCAGGGUAUGAAGAAAACAUGCACAGAUACCAAAAGGCAGCUAAGCUCUUCCAGGGGAAGAAAGAAAAUCAUGAACCCGAAGAAAAGGCUCAAAAGGUGGAACUCUGA